CAGCGGGAUGAGCGCAGACAAAGCUGGGUGGGGACUCGCCGCUCGGGGCUGCUGCUGACCACCCUCCUCCUCCUCCGGCCGCAUCCCUCCGGCCCUCCCUCCUCCAUCCAGCCCUCCCUCCAUCCAUCCCUCCAUCUCUCACAAACGUCCGUCCAUCCAUCCCUCCAUCCCUCCGUCCGUCCCGCCGCCGCCGCCGCCCGCCCCGCGGGGCACCACCGCCCGUCUCCAGGUGGUGAGCGGCCAAGAGGAGCAGAUCUUCCCCUAGAGGCACAGAUCAGCGGAGAAACCGGCUUCUGCCCCCCCGGGGAGCGUGCCUGGCCUGCCCAUGGCUAGCAACAACACUGCCAGCAUAGCGCAAGCACGGAAGCUGGUGGAGCAGCUGAAGAUGGAAGCCAACAUCGACAGGAUAAAGGUGUCCAAAGCAGCAGCAGACCUGAUGGCGUACUGCGAAGCCCACGCCAAGGAGGACCCUCUAUUGACCCCCGUCCCGGCCUCAGAAAACCCCUUUAGAGAGAAGAAGUUCUUCUGUGUGAUCCUGUAAACCCUUGAGGAGCCUGACGGGCACUCAGGCCACCCUGAACACUGAUGUAGAGUUUUUAGGAAUGGGGACGACCUGCUAGUCCGCAGAAUUUAAACAAAAAUAAGUAAAAUACACGGCCUGGAAGCUACAGAGAUGUGCAUGUUUUAAAGAACCUGGCCACCUUUUGGGGGAAUAAGAUGAUCUGCAUUGUGAGGCAAAAGAUCUGAAGUCUGUAGAGUUGCCUAGAAAGAGAGAAAAAAAAAAUAUGUAAAGAAUAAAUAUGUGUCACUUUUCUGCUCACAAAAAUUGUUUGAUUGUUCCAUAUUCAAAGCACCAGAGCUGUGCUGAGCAAAGUAACUGCUAAGGAUGUGUGCAACCUUCUUGGAAUGAUAUUGUUGGUUUCUUUCCAAACUAAUAUUUUUUAUUUAAGUUGUCAGAUAUAUAGCAACAGGUUAGGUGACUUAUGAUGUUGCUCAAUGUUUGGUCUUGUGCUUUUUAAUUUCUGGUGGUAGCACAGCAGGGGGGUUGAGUGGCCCCACGGUGGGUUUGGGGGGGACACCGGCAGCUCCUGCCUGUCCCCCCCGUGCUGGCAGCUCCGUGUUCCUGGCAAACCCCACUUUUUUACCAUUUUGUAUAUGGUUAGCUUUGGUUCUGCAAGUAAAAGUGAUUCAUGUGUCGUGGUUGGUGCUUCAUACUCCUGUGACGACGUUCGGUGGUAGUGCAUGAGAGUUUGUGUCCGUUCAUCCGCUCCAGGCUUUUCUUUUCUGUUGUUUGGCUGGUGGAAGGAGCUGUAGGGAGGAGACUGAGGCGAUUCUGAAAGCAGAGAGAACUCCUGUGAUGCCUUAGACGUGCCUGAAAUACCUCCUGCGAUAGGGCAGGUGCCAGAACCCGGGUGAAGGGGCUCGGGGUGGCCCCUGCCCCAGGCGUUGUGGGGUAGCUAAAAAUCCGAAAGUCAAAGUCAACCACUCCUUUCCGGGUCUUUCCUUUCUCCUACACCUCUGUGCCUCUGCCCUCCUCGCUUGGUCCUGCUCUUUGGCUUCCUGGUAGUACCUCCUUCCCUUGGGGCUGGUCUGGAAUGCUGCUUUGUGGUGGGAUGCUGCUGCGUGGUGGGAUGCUGCUCCACCGUGGGAUGCUGCUGCGUGGUGGGAUGCUGAUCCACCCUGGGGUGUUGCUUCAUGGUGGAAUGAUGCUUCAUGGUGGAAUGCUGCCCCGUGGUGGGAUGCUGCUUCGUGCUGGGAUGGCACCCCACCAUGGCAUGCUGCCCCACAAUAGGAUGCUGCCCCAUGGUGGGAUGCUGCUUCAUGGGGGGAUGGCACCCCACCAUGGAAUGCUGCCCCACCGUGGGAUGCUGCCCCAUGGUGGGAUGCUGCCCCACCAUGGGAUUCUGCCCCAUGGUGGGAUGCUGCCCCACUGUGGGAUGCUGCCCCACCAUGGGAUGCUGCCCCACCGUGGGAUGCUGUCCGAUUGUGGGAUACUGCUUUUUGGUGGGAUGCUUCUGCCCCUUUCCCACACCCACCAAAUCCCAUUCCUGCCUCACCACGUUGGGAAGGGGCAGGGGAGCAGCUUGGGGAGCUGUGGGCCCACCCCUUCAUGGAGGUGCCUGAUACCCUGUUUACACACAGCCUGAGCUCCCUGGCAGGCUGGGGAAUUAUUCCCAGCUCUGGUUCAUCCGCUCUCGGGGGACACACGCCACCUUUUUGGGCUCUGCCUCGGGUUCACACUUCCAAGGAUGUGGCUUGUCUCUCCUUUCCGCUGCUAAACCCCUCCUGGCUUCCCCUGCUCUUCUACACUCCUGGGAAACUUUGGGAAUCAUAACUUUGGGAAUAACUAGGUGGGUGUCUCAUGGGGCCUUGGGGGAUCUGUGGUGACCUUACUAAACUAGUUCUGAACCAGGUAUCAGCUUAAUCCCUGUGGAUUCCAGAGGGCAUUAGUCUUUAGGUACCUUUUGGUGACUCUUUCUAGCCCGUAACAAGUGCUUUUUGGUUUUUCUACCUUUUCAUACUCUUUUUCUAGUCUUCUACAGAGAAGACCAGUUGUUCUUACACUGGACUCAAAACCUUUGGCAUCUGGGAAUGUUUAUACGCCACGAGUAGCGUAGAUGGUCCCAGCCCUCCCACGGUGGCUUUUGGCCCCCCCUAACCCUCCAAUUUUGAUCUUUUUACUACAGCUUGUGUAGCUUUAGGAUGAAGGAUGGAUGAAGCCGUUUGCUCUGCAGCUGGUUUCACUCUUGGUGUUACCAAGACAUGUAAAUACCCCAUCCUGGGUUUUUGUCUUUUCUUUUUAACGCUGAUUUACCGUCACAGAGAGUGAAGCGCAGCCGGCCUGACCCGGGGCUCCCACCCCCGACCCUUCUCAAACACUGUCAUAAAGUGGUUUGUAAUAAUUUUUUUAACGACUUGCGUAUUUUACAACUUGAAUUCUUAAUAACUGAACGGUGAAAUAAACCUGCAUGAAGAAUACGGGGAGCGGGGGGGGCGGGGGGGGGAGGGAAUUUUGAAUUAACCCAAACUACUCAUUGAAGGUGUUUUAUGUUGCUGGGCUUUAUUUUAUGUUGGUAGAGGUGUUGACAUUGGUGUGCUGCCAGGUAUUUCACCCCAGUAUUUAUAUUUACACAGAUAUGCCUUUGUUAGCCAAGUAGAGAUCGCCUGCCAAGAUCAUUUUCCCUCCUCAAUGAAAAUACCAGCCAUCCCUCCAUCCCGAUGCUGUAUUUCCAGCGUGGUAUCAAAUGACAUUCAACCCCCAGGCUUUUAAAGAAAAAUAUAUCUGGAGUACUGGAAAAGGACUUUUUUUUUUGUCUGCCAAGGUUGCUGGUGGCGGGGGAAAUCCAUUCCUUGGGUGCCAACCUGCCACUGCCAGGUUUUUGGGGAAGGGGUGGUUGGGAGAGGAAGCCGGAGCGGGGAGGUCGGCGUCGUGAUGUAGCACAUCCCCCAUCCCACGUGGUCUGUGUACUCGUUGGAAAUAAACUUUUGGAUUUGUUUCAA